GAAAAAGUUCACGUGACCAAUAAACACAACGCUUAAUCUGCUGAUGUGGUCGAGCUGCCCUGUUAAGUUUACUACAAACCCGAAACAAACCCCAAUGAUGCAGAAAAAAGGAUCUGUGCCAGAUUUUACAGAACCAUGGCAUCUUAGUGAUGCUGUUCUUGUUGUUGAAGAGAAGAAGUUCCACUUUCACAAGGGUACUUUAUCCAUGUGGUCACCAGUGUUUGAAAGAAUUUUCUCCUCAGAUUUUAAAGAAAAAUUUGCAAGUGAGAUUCCUCUUCCUGGAAAAGAUGCCUCUGAAAUAAAGGAACUGUUGCUCGUCAUUUACCCAACAUCGAAACCAAUUGGUGAAACCAACUGUUACUUCCUUCUUCCCUUGGCUAGAGAAUAUCAAAUGGAUCAACUUACAGAGCGCUGUGAAAAGUAUUUGUUACAGAGAGAGAAGACCCCUCACCAGGCCAUUGACUUCCUUGUUUUAGCUAAUGAGUUUAACAUGGAAGACUUGUGUAAACAAUGUGUUGAAAUUGCCAAACACAUGUCAAUAACAGAAGUUCGACGUCAUGAGAAGUAUGCCAUGAUUGCGCCAGAGGAAGGCAGACAAUUAGCUGAAAGGAGAGUGGAGUUACUUGAGAACAAAAUGCAAAGCAGUGAGCAAAGGGUGAAUUCAGUAAAGAAAGAAGUCAAAGACGUGUGUGAGUGGGGACUAAAGGAAAUGGGACGCGUUUUGUAUCAAAAGAAGUCCCCAGAAGGAAGACGAAUUCCACGUGCUCUUAGUGACUGUUUAAAACUUAUAGAGGAAACAGCAUCGGAAAGUGUUGAGGUUGCUGUUAUGAUACAGUUGGUACAACAUCGCCUACGCAGUAUUUACGAGCCAAUGUAUUCUUAAGAUCCGUGAAAGGAAGAGUGCACAUACAUUUUAAAAUGAUGAAAUACUUUUGAUUAUAGUACUGUUACACUUGUCUGAAACAAUUUGGUAGACAUGCAAUAAUUCAUGAUUCAGUAAAUGGUUUGAACCCGGGGGUAACAUGUGAAGGUGUAGUCUGAUCGUCCGGGUGAGUGUAGUCCUGAGA